GGUCGUAACUUCCCGGGCGAAACAAUCUAUAUUCCAGCUUGCCGAGGCCAAGCAGUUGUCCCGCCUGCACCAUCCCCGCGGUAUUGUCCUCGCAGCACGUCUAUAUCUAGCCUGCCAUGCCCUGCUUCCUGGGGCUCGCGGUGAGCAUCCACACGCCCAACGGGCCGCUCCCCGAGCACUCGAUACAGAAACAAUCCAAAUUUCACCGCAUCACGUCGUACAUCCCUGUGCCGCCUGCAAAGGUGCCGCCUGGCGCUACCAAACCCGAACAGUCGACAUUCGCAAUCUCAAUUACACUGCUCACCCCAGGUCUGCACGUCCCCUACUCGACGCCCAAAGCGACCCCCGAAGACGCCAACCCCAAAGCGAAAGUCGUCGGCGGCCUCCCUGGCUACACCAGCGAGCGGGGCAAGUACGGCCCAGCCAUCGCUCCCUACAAGCCCCUCACCACCUCGCCGAACGAGACGAUUGCUGCGUACAUAUACUUUGACGGCCGGGCAAAGGAGGAGGUGGCCACGCUGCUGAGGCGCGGCGAAGAGACAUGGGUGAACUCGCGUUGGGUCAGCGUGCCAGAGUCGGAAGGGGGUGGUCUUGCGGAGCGCGAGUUCCUGUUCCGUGAGGUGGGUCUUGAGCGGUGGCUCAACGGCCUAGAUCUCGAAGGUGACAAGGAUGUGGCAGCUAAGAUCGAGCGGAGAAAGCAGCGUCUGGAGAAGAAGAGGAGGAAGCGGAUAGAAGCCCGCAACAGCAGCGACGAGGAGGAUGGAAAGAUGCCGCAGAACGGCGUUCUUCGCUAUGGGGACAGCAAGGACGCGCCUGUGGAAUCGCUGUCAGGCAACGACGAGUUUUUCACGUCUGAUUCUGACUCUGACGACGAGCCUCCAGUGCCAGAGGCUGCGGGACAGAUCAAGGUCGCUUUGUUCCGCGUGCUGGCGUCUGGCGAGAUCAAGCGCGGCGAGUACUCCCCUCAGUUCGACGCGCACGACGACGACGAGCAGCACACGGGCGACGGCGACGACGUGGACCACACCACGAGUUUUGCGAAGCCCAAGACGCUGGAUCCCAAAUCCAUCAGCACUCAGACAGUGACUGGAAUCGACCCUCCUGAUAAGCCAUACGCCGUCUUCACUUUCCUGUACCGCGGAGAACGACAACUGCGUAAAAUGGGCAUCUUGGAAACCGACAAGACUCCUACCAUCGUCUCGCCUUCGUCUCGGCGGAAAUCAGGGGCCCUCGACUUUGGCAGCCUCAAGCCCUUGAAUGCCUCGUCAGGGACCAAGAACUUUGGCGGCUACCGAGAUAAUUCGCAAACAUCGCCCAAAUUGAAGAAGAAGGUUGAGGAAACCAUGGACAGCGACGCAGACGACGAGGACGACAUCAAGGUCGAGGAUAUGGAAGAGGAAAAAAUCGGCGACAACGGGAUGCUUUCGCCCGAGGACGCUCUCAAGCAAGGUGAACUCGCAGAGGGCGUGCGGAAGAUCAAGCUAAAACGUCAACACUCGGCCGAACCCCUAAACCGCUCCCUAGGCUCACCCAUGGGCGACUCGUCCGCGUCUCCCCACUCCGGCACGCCCGCCCCCGGCAUCUCCGUAGCCGAAGCCUCGUCGUCUGCCACGGCAACGCCCGCCCCAGACGAGAGCAGCAUCGCAUCGCCGUACAAGAAGCAGCGCGCAUCCCUACCUGGGUUCGACGACCAGGUGCGCAAGAGCCUGGGCCAGGUGCUGAUGGACGCGCAGAAGGAGCGGGGGAACUCGGACGGCCACAUAGGGACGUCGAGUCUCGAGACCAAGAUGGAAGAAGACGAGGAAUUGUGACUAUGGGAAAUGCGGUUCCAAAGUGCUUUCGGAUGAGGACCAUGGCAUGUUACUACGGGCAGGAAGGAGAGUAUGCAUCGUGUCACUACGUCUCGUAAUGCUCUCUCUCUCUCGCCUUUUUACCAGGCGCAA